CCUCUCCUCUCCAGAAGGAGCCGGGUUGGCGAGAGGCUGCCGGGGCGCAGGACGCCAGGGCUGUGCUCGGCAGGAACAAACACGCUCUGGAAUUUGGUUUCUGCCCUCGCAAGCAGCUCCUUUCCUGCCCCGUGGGGCGAGCCAGCCAGCAGAAGAGCCGAAAAAACCCUCAUUUUACAGAAAGAAGGCUGAGGGAGAAAUGCAAGUGCCGACACUUUGCGGCGUCCGGCAUACGUUCCCAGUAAAUUCGGACGGACCAGACUUCACCGUCGUGAUCUGCAGCCAAGAAUAAGGCAGAAAGUUCUAUAACAGCUCCAUCAAAUCGAGGAGGGGGGGGAAAAUGGAACUGAGCGAGCUUUGGGAUGACCUCAUCUGCCACAAAUGAUAUGGUUUUUGACUUUGGAAGACUCGCUGUGCGAUUACAAAUAGCACUUGGAAGAGAAAAGUGACCUGCCGGAGAUGUACUCCCCUGCUACAGAGCUGCUGGUUCUUCUCUGAAGCUUUACACAUGCAACAAACUUAGCAAAGCACACAGUUCAAAUACAUCCGCAAGUUCUUCUGGAAGUUAAAAAAAAAGUUGCAAUAAAAAUACCAGAGAAACCUCCAAAUCACAGGAAUUUUAAAUAUACCAUUAUAAUGGUAAGCUCUAAUUGUUCCACUGAGGACUCCUUUAAAUAUACUUUAUAUGGGUGUAUCUUUAGUAUGGUGUUUGUUCUUGGCCUCAUAGCAAACUGUGUUGCUAUCUACAUUUUUACUUGCACGUUAAAAGUGCGCAAUGAGACUACAACUUACAUGCUUAAUUUGGCAAUAUCGGAUCUGCUUUUCGUGUUUACGUUACCCUUCAGGAUUUAUUACUUUGUAGCAAGAAACUGGCCAUUUGGAGACAUUCUUUGCAAGAUUUCUGUCACCCUCUUUUACACAAACAUGUAUGGGAGCAUUUUAUUUCUGACUUGCAUAAGCGUAGAUCGCUUUUUAGCUAUAGUACACCCCUUUCGAUCUAAGACUCUCCGAACAAAAAGGAACGCAAAAAUUGUCUGUGUUGCAGUAUGGAUAACUGUGUUAGCAGGCAGCACCCCAGCAAGCUUUUUCCAGUCUACAAACCUCCGUAACAAUACUGAACAGAGAUCGUGCUUUGAAAACUUUUCGGAGGACACAUGGAAAACCUACCUAUCCCGGAUUGUUAUCUUCAUUGAAAUAGUUGGAUUUUUUAUUCCACUCAUCUUGAACGUGACCUGCUCUACUGUGGUCUUACGGACUUUGAAUAAGCCGCUUACUUUAAGUCGGAAUAAAUUAAGCAAGAAAAAGGUACUCAAAAUGAUUUUCGUCCAUUUGGUGAUAUUCUGCUUCUGCUUUGUGCCUUAUAACAUUACCUUAAUACUUUAUUCCCUUAUGAGAACGCAGACCUGGAUUAAUUGUUCAGUGGUAACUGCAGUCAGGACUAUGUACCCCAUCACCCUGUGCAUCGCCGUUUCAAACUGCUGUUUUGACCCUAUAGUCUAUUACUUUACAUCGGACAAUUCAAAAUUCCAUAAAAAAGAACCGGUCCACGAGACCACGGGACAUCAGAUUCUCCGAAAGACCAGUUUCAGAAAGCUUCAUUCAACACAGCCUUCAGACUGUAAAAAUGAAAAUAUUUGACAGUGACUCUACAAUAUAAACUGUAGUAAAAUACUACUGGGACUAAACUGGAAUUAGAAGCCUGCACAUUUCUUCAGCUGUGGAAAUAUAUUCUGAUAUGUAAAUGUUACGCUUCCUUCACAUCAGAAAAGUUUAUUAUAAGACUGUAAAAGCGUUAAGCAUAAUAGUACAUGGAAAAAGUAUUUUAAGAAUUUACGUCAAAUGUCUGUUUUGACAGGUUGUGUGUUAGAAAUGAACUUUUGGUUUCGGAUUAGGUUAACCGAAGUCCAAAAUCUGUCUGUCAAGUAAAAAACAAAUGAAAAAGA